GGAGGGAGUUUCUGCUGUAUCCUAUCACAUCUGUCUUGGCGGUAUCAACAGACGGUACGGCUAGAAGACGGACUCCCAGAAGUAAGGUGUGGGCGCAGCGAGGCUGGGUUAAGUGUAGGGGCGUGAAGCUUCAACCAUCACUAUCAACAACAACAACAAUUACAACUAAAACACCAACAACAAUCUGGGAGAAGAACUCAAAAGGCCUGGUGGUGUAUCGCUCGAUCAAUAUAAUAUUCCUGUUUUGGGGGAGAAAUAUUGUGGAGUGAGGGAGACAGUGGCUUGAUAUGCGACUAUUGCCCUGGUGAGAUAAAUAUUGCUAUGUGUGUGUGGUCCAAGACGAAACUGAGCUGGUCCUGAGUCUUAUCACGAGCGGGAAUUAUGUACUCAGGAAGGUUCAACUUGGGAUUAUAGGUCACCGGUGAUUAUAACACGAUCAUAUCUGAUGAUUAAUACACAACGUUAAACUGGGAAAAAAAAAAAAUCUACAUACUCACCAGCUACAAUUAUGUGAUCACCAACACGAGUCAGAACUAUACGUCACCACUACUAUACAACCUGGAACAGUACUAUGCGUUUGAUCGUCCCCUACGGAAAUCAGGACACCAGUAUUAUUGAAUUUGUUUACAUUAUCGCUUACAGACCAACGACGACGAUUUUACAUUUGUUAUUAUAAUGUAGACGGCAAGAUUAGUAUAAUUUGGUCGGUAUGGUGAUCACAUGGACAGGAUUACUGGCUGAUUGUGUUAGAAAAGGAGUGGAGGAGAAAAGUUAAUGUAAAAAUAUUUAGGAAUCUUAUAAAAAAAAAGUUUGAGAUAACCGAGUUUAUCUGAUCGUCUUUGUGAACUGUGGAGAUAAGGAAAGUCUCUUGUGUGUGUGUGUGAUUAUUUAAGUGCCAUAAUAAGCUGUCAAGUGUUUUUAGUGCCAAGAUGGAUAGCCAUAGACGGGGUUUCGGCUGCCCAGUCUACGUCAGGUGGUGUUUAUGAGAGCCGCUGGGGGAGUGCGGUGAGCUUCAUCACUGAACAUGGUGGUUGAGGGAGCCAGACCACAGCCCCAACUAACACCUUCAUUCCUACUUAGAGCCACAAACUCUCAGAGGUUUUUAGUAUCGUCGUAGCCUCUAAACCAACCAACCCCCCCCAACCCCCACCUCUCUUGUCUUCUAGUGCAAUUAUUAGUGUGUAAAAGUUAUUGUUAGCGAACGUUGACAGACAUAUCCUCCCUGGACCAGCCACCACCACCAUGGGUCUGAACGGCACGGGACUAGAACCCAUCGUCACUACCAUUGCUUCCAUCUUGCUCUUCUCCAACAACCUCACGGAUGAAGAUGCUGGCUUUAACUUGUCUUCUUCGGCGUCACCUCCGCCCUCGUCAACAGCAGGGACCAGCGGCACUACGACCACAGCCACGACCACCAGUACGACCUCCACCUUCCUCAGUACUUAUACCAUCAGGGACAUAAUACGAAUGGGAGGUGCUGGCUAUGGAGAGUUCGACGUGUGUAAAAAUUGGCUUCCCAUCAACCACAUCUACUUCCAACUAGCCAACAUCUUCCUCUUCCUCUCCUACCUGGCGCCCAACGGCAUCUACGGUAUCCUGUAUCUACGCAUCACCCUUACCAUCGGCUGUAUGUUCUUCAGCCUCUGGGGAUGGGUCGUGCUGUGCGCCUUCGACACCUUCUUAUGGAACGCUAUUUUCGUGCUCAUCAACCUGAUCCACGUCAUAAUCAUCUGCUACUACCUGCGGCCCGUCAGAUUUACGCCAGAGUUAGAACAGGUGAGUUCAUGUAUACAUUCUCCUAGAGCUUGUGGUUAA